CUCAGCUUCCGCGUCAGCAUCCCUUCAAAUAGCUGCUGUCACUUGUCUGCUGCACGCACGGAGACGCACAAUUGCGAGGCUCACCCCCACCCCCACCCCACCCACCCCCCCCCCAAAAAAAAUUACAUUAAAAAAAAAAAACCAAGGACUAAAAUCUCACGUUUGUAUGUUAACGUGGCAGCUCUCGUCUUGCAUGGUGACGCCAAUUACAAUGAGCGGGCAGAGUCGCUAAAAAGAGGUUGCAACCUGGCCAGGGAGGAUAGCGAUGCUCAAGGCGCCUCGUCCCGGGAGAAGUCAUCCCAGAAGCUGGCCGCGAGAGACAGGGAUGCUGCUCCCUUGAAGCACCGGCAGGUCCAGUGAGUUCUCCUGAGCAGAGAGUUUGCGUGGCGGAGUUUGAGCUGAGAGUGGAAGUGAGUGGGCGUGAGAGGGAGCGUGUGUCAUGGCUGACAGCGAAGGGGCAAACCUCGAGGACCCUCCCUACAAAAACCUGCUGCUCCUGGGGGCCAUCGCAGCGGCGUCGGCCUUCGUGGUCACCAUCCUCAUCGUCCUCGUCUGCGUGGGCUGCCAAAGAAAAAACAAGAGCAAGCACCCUUCAGCCGGAGAGAAAGGGACAUCUGUAAAUAUGCAGGGUACCCUUCGACAUCCAAAACUGAAUUCCAUGAGCAAAUCGGACACCAGGCUGCAUGAGAUCAAUCGCUUUCCUUGCAACGGAAACUCAGUUAGUAAGAGCCGCCCGGCCAGCAUGGACCUCCUGCUCCUCCACAGUCGACGCUCCCAGAGCGACCUGACGCCUUCCCAGGGGCGCCGGCUUCCACAGAUCCCCACCGGCCCCCAGGGAUCCGGCCAAGGGGGGGAAGGGGACACGGGAGGAGACGGGGGAGGAGGAGAAGCCAGAGACCACACUUACACCGAGGUGGGCCUGCGAAAUAACCCGACCCCGACGCACGGCUUGGACGACGGCCUGUAUGAGAGCGUCAGUGUCCGGGAAGGGGACGCAGGCCCCAAAGCAACCGCAGGCCCUCCGCCGACAUCAACGAACACUCCAACUUCAGUCAGGGCCGCCCAAAGCCCGCCUGCUCAGGUCAACGGAGCCCACAAUGGCAACGGAAAUGGUGGCAGAGGGAAUGGCAACACAAACGGGACAAUGGCAGGGAAAACUAACGGGGCGAGCGGGGUUACCAGGUCCCCCCUGUCCUCAGUCAACUCCCUGGCCAUCCAAGAACCUACUGCAGCCGAGUAUGCUUCAAUUCGCAAGUUCAGAAAGGUUGACAAGACAAACAGGAAGGAAAAUAACGGAGCCGACAGCCAGUCAGACCAAUCGAGCGUGAGCGACUCGCCCUCAGCUGCUGCUCCGCAACUACAUCGCAGUCAGGAGUUUCCACGAAAACCCCUGGAGCCGUUUCACCUGCACUCUUUCCCAAAGGAGCCGGUGUUCAUGGGCAACGGUGAGCAGUACAUCUGGAAGCCACCAGAGGAUGAUGAUAUCAUCACUUUGCACCCACCUCCACACCGCAUCGAGAACGGACAGGGGCACCCAUCGCCCCCAACUGCGAAGGAGAUUGCAGACACCUACUCCAUCGUGUGCAAAACUCAGAAGAAAAAGACUCCCAUGGAAAGCAAUGGAGCAAAGACCCUUCCGCGCUCAUUUGGUGGCGAGAGAGGAAAGGGCCGGGGCCGAGGGGUCCAGGCCCAGGCCCGCUCCCAGGAGGAGCCGUGCUACGAGCCGACGGGAGACAGGGCCUGGCCCGCGUGCGCGGCAGCCGAGUCCGACCCCGCGUACGCCACCGUUGACAGCCACCGUAAACGUGAACAGGCCGCCGCCGGUAAUAGCGCGGCCGGUGGUACUGCCACACUUAAGAGGAAGAAGCAACAAGCACCGCCAGCUGCACCUCAGGGCUCAGCUUCCAACCCCCUGCCUGUUCGAGGCCUGCCCGGGGGAGAGAACUUCUAUGAGACCAUCGGCGAUGUGAAAGGAGGCAAUAGCUCCAGCACCACCACCAUCUUCACAUUCAAUGACGGGAUGGAGAUGUAUGUCACCGGCCUGUAGCUGGCAGACAUGCGGCUCCGGCUCAGAAAGAGACUGUCCUGUUAACUUGCCGUAAGGUUGCUGUACAUACUGUAGGUACUAAGACUACUCCAGACAAACAAAAAGACGAUCAAAUUUGACAUCAGGUACAAACAGGGUUUUAAUCCAGGUUCAGACUUCCCUUCAUUGGUUUGUAUUUCAGAACCAGCCUCAACCCUAAGAGGACCAAAAAUGCUUUAUCGAAAAGAAAAGAAAAGAAAAAAAAGAAAAGAAAAGAAAAGAAAAGAAGAAAAAGACAGCUGGAGUAUUCAUCUUCAAACAUACUCUAUCAGUGACUUUACUCAUGUUUAUGGGCAUCAUUUUCCAUAAUAUCUUUAUUUUUGUAUGAACAAUGAUCAUUUGGUGUGGCGUAACUCACAAUUUGAGCACAUUUGAAUAUGAACAUAUGUAUAGAAAAUUUAAAUGCAUGCUUUGUGCAAACCACGGAGAGCAGUAGCAAUGAUGGUGGCUAUGUUAGGAGAAGGAGGCCACGGUGCAUUGCUUUGCCAUGCGUAAACACACGCGCGCGCAAACACACACACACACACACACACACGCAGGCACCUCUAAACUUGGGGGAACUUAUGUAAUAUAAGCAGAUGGAUGUCACAGGGAUUUCUGGAGCUCAGCUCAACCUAAGCAAACAUCUGAAACAGGUUCCCUGUGCACACUGACCUGUUGCUUGGCAGAGAGAGUUGUGAUGUUUUGUACAAACAAAGGCCAGUCAUUUGUAGGCCUGCUCAAACUCAAACGCAAGUGAAGACUGCUGAUGGCUGUCCAUUUGACAAACCGCGAUCAAUGUGCCCGAAACGUAUUGGCAGUUAUCAAUCAAAAGCAGCCCUCUAUGACAAGCACUUCCGACAUUUACCUGUGAGACUGGAUAUGUGUUACAGCAAUCUGUCAUUCAAUUUUGCCUUGUUAAACAGAACUUUUCACAUAUCCGCAAGUAUAUUCUUCCUAUCCACAACUGCUAUUUCAGAUUUCUGCAAUGUCAUCUUCCCACUUUUGUCAUUCAUGUUUAUGGGUAUGGCAUUUAAAAGCUAAGUUUGACUAUCGAAAAGGAACAUCGUAGAUAUCAACCAACGUCAUUCUAACUGGUAAAUUACAUUUUGAAGAGUUUGAAUUUUCAUUCAGGAUAUCUAUAACUCAAUUGUGACUCGUCGAAAUGACAGAUAGAAAUCUGUAGUUCACUUUUGCCUUGUCAAAACAGAUAUCAGAUAACAGAUACAGAUAUCUGAAAGGUCAUUUUGCCUAGGACCAACGACGUCACUUUUACCGUUCUUGUCUAUGGGGGUUCUCAUGACAGAUAUCUACUAUUCCAUUGUAGAUAUCCACUAGUGAAUUCCAGCUGUCCCAAAUUUAAUUGUUGAUAUCAGUAACUCCAGUUUGAGACAUCUACAGUUUGAGUUGUAGUCGCAGAUCUCUACAACUUAAUUUUGCCUCGUUAAAACUUGAUUCAGGAUAUCUAAAAAGGGACAUGUAGAUAUCUUGAAUUGAGGUGAAUUAAAGAUAUCUUCAACUCUUAUUAUGACUUGUCAAAGCAGGAAUCAUAUUGUAGAUAUUGCAAACUGGAGUUACAGAUAUCUAUAAUUCAGUCGCAGAAAUCCGUAAUUCAGAUAUAUCUGGAAUUCAGUUGCAGAUAUUUGUAGUGAGAAAGCCCAUACACAUGAAUGGCAAAAGUGACGUCAGUUGUCUGACGUGAAAUGACGUUGCAGAUAUCUGAAAUACUAAUUGUGGAUUGGAAGAAUGUCCAUCCAUCCAUCCAUUUUCAACACCGCUUAUCCUGGUUAGGGUCACGGGACACUGGAGCCUAUCCCAGCUGACUUCGGGCGAAAGGCGGACUACACCCUGAACUGGUCGCCAGUCAGUCGCAGGGCACAUAUAGACACGGACAACCAUUCGCACUCACAUUCACACCGUCACUGAGUGGGAACUGAACCCACGCUGCCUGCACCAAAGUCAGGCAAGUGUACCACUACACCAUCAGUGACUUGGAAGAAUGUAGUUAUCGAUAUCUGAGAUGUUCUUUUUGACUAGGCAAAACUGAAUUACAGAUACCUGCAAGUGCAACACAUAUGUAGUCUCGCUGUUUAAUGUUAUGAAGGCUUGUCAUAGUUUUUCACUACUUGUAGAUAUUUUGGAACUGAAAUUAUGACUUGAGUUGCAGAUAUCCGUAAUUCACCAACGGGUGUCUGCAACUGAAUAGUACAUAUCUGUAACGUGUAAUGUCUGACUCCCAGGCGCAAUGACAUUGCGGAUAUUCGCUAUAUGUCUAUCUGUUGUUUUGACUGCACAAUUACAUUACAGAUAUCUGGAAUGAACAUUCCAACUACUCCAAAUGUGAUUUCGACUAUUCAGAAAGACAUUGUUGUUAUCUACGAGGUUAAUUCAGUGGGUAGUCAAACUUAGCUUUUAAAUUUUAAACCUGCUUGCCACAUCCCUCUUGGCGUCGCUUAUGUCUUUGGUUUGGUUAACAAUGUCGUCCUCAAGGUAAUUGUGGCAUCAAGUAACAAUUCACGCUCAGAUUUGACAAACAUCUAUCUGAAGCCGCUGCCAAAGGCUUGAUGACACUCCUCUUUCCCACUCCACCCACCUCGCUCUCUCUCACAUUCACACACACUACACACACACACACACACUUAAAUGCAUGCAUGCUUGGCAGAGUUUUACAGGGUAAAGCGACCAGGUUCGGGUUGCCAGAGUGUUGAGCAAGACUUAUACGGGUGACACAUUUCACAAUAGAAGACUGUUUCCGUACUAGUAUAAAAGAAUGAUUUCUUCAAAAAUACUUCCUUCGUAAAAUAAGGAAAGUGACUUCUUUUUCUUUUGAAUGUGAUUUUAUGACUAUUGUACUAUUGCACUCAACAGCUGCAGGAAUGGCUGCCCAUAUAUUUUCUGUUAAUAUGCUGUAUAUGUUGUCGUUUGCGCUCUGGCUCCGAGUCAAACUCGCGCUUUCGAUCGUUCUCGAGUCGUACAGUUGCCGGUUGGAAUAGCAGCAGAAACCUUGCACUCCAAAGAAAACAACUGUGGAGUGUCUUUUGGACGAUUGCCCCUGGCGCUCUCCUCAGCCUGCUCUCCGGUCCCCGCAUCCCUCGUUGUAAACAAUGUCUUUUUCAUGUAGCUUUGGGGAACUUGAAAAAUGAAUGGAGGGGAAAAACAAAACCUUAGAAAUUUAAUAAACAUGUGGUUAUGAGGCAAGACUGAUGAGGGAUAUAGUAGAAUGAUCUCACUGUGAGAGAACCAUGCAAAUGUUUAAAAGGUCAGUAGCAUAUGUUUUAAGUGUCAAAGUACAAAGAAGCAAACACACCAAUGUAUUUUAUUGCACUGUUCAUUUUUUUUUGUCUCCUUUUGGACAAUGAAUAGCUCACGCCACUGCCAUGAAACAAGCCUGUGUUGGUGCAAUUUAUCCUGCUUGAUCCAAAAAGUGCAUGCAUUAAUAUAUGGAGAUGAAACAAUUAUUGUGGUACUUUAUUAAUCUCUUGUUUGUUAGUCUUCUGUUGUACUUUUUGCCAUGUAUUGCACAGAGCAAUUUCAAAGCAACGACCAGGAGAAGGGGAAGGAACGAGAAAAAGAUUGAUUGAAGCCACCAGGAUUUUAGGCCUCAGUGUUUAUAUUCUGCAAUGGGGGAGCAAGGAGGAAUGAUAGAAAUGGGGGGAGGGAGAAGAAGCACUAGCAUGAAGCUGGAUGUGGAUCACUGAAAAUGAACACGGACCCGACACACCCUCCUCCUCCUGCACGCACACACACGCACAAACACAUACACACACACACAUGGGUUGGUACACACUGCAACAUUGAGCCGUGCUUUUCCAGUUAAGGGGAGGAAGCACGUUUUUGCCCCUGCCUACACUCCCUACCCCAGCUGUGUUCACUCUCCAAUACAGGACACUGAGCUUGCUUUGCCCCCCGCUUCACCUCGCUAUGCUGGGGAGGGGCUUUGGUUGUCCACUUCCGAGGGACUCCGAGAGUGUGAAUGUCAAGCUCGGUCCGGUCUGAUAGCAACGAUGCAGCAACUGUCUGAUAUGAAAAAUGGCUGACAGCUGAGAAGCCUCUCAGACAAUGCUGGCCGGCUCUCACUCUUCAUCCUUUCCCCCUGGCUCUCACUUUGGGCCCCAUUUUCUUUCUCUUGAAACAAAGCACUGAUGCGAUUUAUUUCGUGGAACAUUGUCGUACGCUGAUUGAGACAAAUGUUCACUGCACAAAUACAGUAUGGAUAUGUAAAUGUGUAAAAUACUCUGCUGCUGUUCUGAUGUUGUCACAAUGUAGGGUAUGCAGUAUAUUUGUUGGGGUCAACUGGUUAUCACAGACACAUUGUCAUUUGUGGAUGAAAAUUUUUUCCUGCUUUCCAUGCACAUACAGAUGAUGUUUGUUAAUUGUGUUUGGAUGUAGUUAUGGGCCAAUACUGCUGUGACAGUUGUAGCCAAUGUUUUAUGUUCUCAAAGCACAGGAUUUAGUUUGAAAAUAAUAUAUAUAAGUAUAUGUACAGUAUAUAUGUAUGGAUAUAUGUAUGUGUGUAUAUAAAGUACAUAUACAUACAUAUAUAUACACACACAAAAUAGAUCGUGUGGCAGUGCAGAUAUGCAAAAGAUUGUAAUGUUUUAUAUUAACCUUCAUAAAAUAUUAAAGUGAGUUUUUACUUUUCUAAUAAAGUGGCACAUUAGAA